AUGGAGAUUGUCACAACAACCCCACUGCCUGAACUGAACAGCAUCACUGAAAGUGAGAAUAUUUUUGGUCUCAAUUCUGAAGUCAACAUUUGGAAUGAUUCCUGUCCAGUCCUCACCAUACCAGCAGAAUUUGUCCACAAGUACCUCUACUCCUCUGUUGAUGUAGUCCUGACUACUAUUCUGAUGCCAAUUGCGAUCUGCCUGGGCUGUCUUCUUAACGGCAGUUUCUUGUACGUAGUGGCCAGCAUUCAGUCAAUGCAAACUACUACCAACUUCUACUUAGCUAACUUAGCCGUGUGUGACGGGUUGUAUCUUCUAUCUACAUCCUACGAGAUACGUUCUUACAUAGUGUCAGGCACCGUGUCACGCAACGCAGUACAAGAUGGCGACAUCUCGUGCGUGAUACUAGUCUUGCAAACAUUGUUCUACGUAGCCUCCUUGGCAUUCAUCACACUAGUCACGAUGGAGCGAUUCUUUGGCAUCUGCUAUCCGAUAAAGAGCCUGGCUCUCAACCGCCGCAGACGUACCGUCAAGCUAGCAGUGGGUGCCUGUAUUAUUUUGCAAGUUCAAUCAAGCUAA